ACACUCACCGGCGUUCAAACCCCACUUCUUCCAAUGCCGGCCCUCCAGACAACGAUCUUCCAUCAAGAUGUCGUCGGCGGCAUCACACGCCGUUGAGCACAUCGUUCUCAUCAGGGUCAAAGACGAUGUCGAGCCCUCUAAGGUCAACGACAUACGCUCCCUCGCGACAUUGGACCAGGUCCGCCACCUCACGGUGGGGCCAGUUCUCCGCAGCCACGCAACCACCACCAACGCCACGUCAGACCUCCGCUUCACCCACUUGCUCCACAGCCGCUACGACUCAAAGGAGGAUCUCGAAGCCUACAAUGCGCACCCUCGCCACCUCGGCGCCGUCAGGGGCUCCCUCUUCCCUAUCUGCGGCGACCUCAUGGCCGUCGAUUGGUUCGGCGACGAAGACGCGCUUCCCCCGCACCCGACGCCGGGGUCUGCCAUCCGGGUGAGCUUCUUGAAACUCAAGGACGGCGCCGGCGGCGAAGUUAAGGACGAGGUUUUGGAUGCUGUCCGAAAAAUGAGGGGCGGUGGCGGGGCGAUUAGCGGCUUCUCUUGCGGCGGAAACUUCUCGCCGGAGUGGGCGAAGGGUUUAUCGAUCGCUUCGCUGGCGGUUUUUCCGGGAAGGAAGGAAUUGGAGGAAGUGGAUCCGAAUGAGUGGUUGGUUAAGGUUAGGGAGCAUUUGGAAAGUGUGGUGGUGGUUGAUUAUGUGCUUCCUUUAGAGUAAUUCAAUUUUUUUGUCUAAUGUAAUCAAAAUAAAUGUAUUUAAAAGUAUUAAGCUAAUAAACUUAGUUGGAUUUGCUUAUAAGUGAAAAUAUGUAUGUUAACUUAGAAAACCUCUAUUAUGUCCCAGUAUGAUAGCUCAAGUGGUAGGAGUUGGUGACAUAUAAGUUGGAUAGGGGGAGGUCCAUGGAUCGAUUCCUCACGGGUGC